AUGGCCGUGGAUCCUGCCAUUGUCGCUAUAUUCGGCGAGCCUCCGGAUAAUAUUGAUUUGACGGAUAGUAGGGUUCAGCAGGAUAAUGCAGUCGUGAUUUUUAUUCUGUGCUUGGCUGUCAUUUCGGUUGUCUUGCGCUUUGUUGCUCGGCGGGUUUUGCGCAAUUCUCUUAUGAUGGAUGAUUGGGUCAUUAUUCUUGCAUUGAUGUUUAUAUGCACGACUUCCGGUUUGAGUAUCUCCGGAGGCUUCUUCGGUGCCGGCAAACAUGUCUGGGCUAUCAGCGUCACCAAGCUGAUGGCACUAUUCAGGGUUAGCAGCACCACACAUAGCACUGUAGCUCGUGCACUGACAUUUCAGAUCCUCUAUAUCUACGUCAUGGUAUACUCAGCUGUAUGCGCCGCUUCCAAAGUCUCGAUCCUCUUCUUCUACCGCCGCGUCUUCAUGGCCUCCCACGCAGACCUUUCUCUGCGCAUCGGCAUUUACCUCGGCUUCUUCCUCACUCUAUCCUACCCGAUCAUCAUCUGCGUCACAAUGGCCACGGCAUGUAAACCCGCCUCUUACUUCUGGGACCAGUUCGGCGGUGCAAGUGGCACAUGCAUUGACACCGAUACCUUCUUCUUAGCGCUGGGGAUAAUUAACAUGCUCAACGAUAUCGUCGUCUUGUUGAUUCCUUUCCCGCAGAUCGCUAAAUUGCAAAUGAAUCGCCGCAAGAAGGUCGCUAUAAGCGGUAUCCUGGCCGUAGGAAGUUUUGCCUGCGUCGCCAGCAUCGUCCGCAUCUACUCCGUCGACGAAUUCACCAAACGCAACGACGUCACCUGGACCCUCGGUCCCGUCUUCAUCUGGUCAACCAUCGAACCGGGGCUCUCCAUCGUCUGUGCUUGCUUGCCUCAUCUCGCCCCGUUGGUCCGGUUAGCGCAUAUCAAGCUCUCCUCAAGCCAGGAUAGCAAGCCAACACAUCCGAGUACACCGUGGCGGUCUCGGAGCGGCAUCGCCAAUGGGGGUGGCACGCCUUCAGCCGGUCGACGUGUGCAUAGUGUCCUGUCAACCAAGUAUACGUUUGAUGGGCAGGAUGAUGAAGAGAUCGGACUCACGAAUCAUGUUACGACGAGUACGAGUCUAAGGAAGCCGCACUCGAUGGAGUCGGUAGAAAGGGAGGGGGGAAGUACGGCUGAUCAGUCGAUCAUGGUGCAUUCGAGUUUUGAGCAGUCUGUUUCGAAUAAGUAG